UUUUUCUGCGACAUCGUAAUUAAAAUUUCGUAUGGAAAUUUCUGGACUUUCCCGAAGGCAAAAUAAACGACGCCAUUUCGUAUCAUGUAUUUUACGAAUGUGUGGUAGUAACGUAUGUGUAGUGAUACGAAAUAAGAUGGCCAGAUUUUGAUUUAGACUUUGCGUCCAAUUAGAUUUGCCUUUUUUUUUCGUGCAUUCGUAAACCAAUGUUGUGUAAAAUAAUUAACCUUCGAGAGAAUUUAGCUCAGUAUCGCUUAAUGAAUAUCGUUAGAAAAUGUAUAAGUGAGCCACAUUGGUAUGCAACGAACAUAGUCGAUCACAUACGUCUCAUCAAACGAUUUCGUGUUUUUUUUCAAUCUAUACGUGACAGAGGGAAAUCAACAUUUUGAUUAAUAUAAAAAUUAUAUAAUUUAAUGUUAUAAUCAUGGUUGAAAAUCCCAAUCAUUGUGUCCUGGAAUGGGCAGGUCAUGCAGGAUAUGUAGCGGAAAGAUUCAGUGGCUUAUUGGCACGUCAGGCAUUUGUAGACGUUACUCUUAUCUGCGAGGAACAAAAACUUCGUGUUCAUAAACUGGUCUUAGCUUCCAAUAGUACUUAUUUUGAGGAAAUACUGCAACAAGACUUGGGACAAGAACCUAUAAUCUUACUUAGAGAUUUAAAUUUUGAAGUAUUGAAGGCAAUGGUGGAAUUCAUGUAUUGCGGAGAAACAACUAUAUCUCAUGAAAAUUUACCAUCUUUAUUAACAGCCUCAAGAAUUUUCAAGGUAAAAGAAUUGGCAUAUAUAAUAGACACAGUAAUGGAAACUCAAAAUUAUAGUAGUGCUAUUGAAAAUGUACCUCAAUUACAUGAAACCGAUAAUGAAUUAAAUCAUAAAAAUAAUAAUUUUAAAAUAAACGGGAAAAACGAUGUAAUUAGUACAAAACAUAAUUCUGAUAAUACUUUUAAACACACGUUAUACGAGGAUUCGUACGAUAUUGAAAGUAAUAACUUACAACAAAGCGUUACGGAUUAUUUAUUAAUGGAAGAUAUUAAAGAAAAAAUUCAAGAUGAAUCGUGUAACACAUCUAUAUGUGAAAAGUCAAAAGAAAUGUUAGAUAGUUAUAUGAAAAUGAAUAAUGUAAAAAAAAAUGAUGAAAUUCUAGAGAAAGUUAAAGAAGUACAACCUUUAUUAUACGAACAGUGCUGUGAUGUUUUAGAUUUAAAUAUACCCGAUAAAUUUUCUGCAAUUUCGCCGCAAACGCGUGCAGAAGAAGUCAAAUUAGACGUUGCACAAAAUUUUGUCGAUAGCACAACCGAUAAGAUAGGAAAAUGUAUCAAAGUUUAUACGCAUAAAAAACGUAAACCAGUGAUCGAUAUAAAGAACGAAUUAACGCAUCUAAACGAUCUAGUACCAAAAUUAUCUCCUACUAAUUCUAUUGAUUUAUCAGAUACACCAUCCAGUAAUACCAGUAUACCAGUUACACUUUUAACACCCUUAGAUAUGGAAUGUGCCGAAUAUCUUUUUAGUUUAGAUAAUGAAAAUAUGCAAUCGGUGGCAGAAGGUUUGAUAAACGAACAACGAUCGUUAAUGAAAUGUAAGGAUAUUAAUGAAUGCGCGUUAAAUGUACAUAAGAAUAAUGUAAAUAAGAAAGAUAAUUUAGAUCUUAAAGCCAUAAAUGAUAAAGUACAAGAAACAGAAAAGCCAGUUCUUAGAAGAAGUGUCAGAUUAAAUCAACAGGAGAGCGAAGAUAUAACUAAUAAUGGUAUAUCUAUACAACAAUCCGUAGUAGCCGAAAAACUUCUUGAAAAAACUAAUUUUCCUAACAAGAUAGAAUCCUUUGCUAAAGGAAAACGUAAAAUAAAAGAAAAUAAUCGAAAGGAUCAGAACGUUAUAAAUAUUGCACGGUGCAAUAGAAAGUGUUUCAAUAAUCUACGUACGCAAAAAAGUGCUUCUAAAAAUGUAGUCAAAAAGAAUAUCAAUAAAUCCGAUCAAAAAUCUAAAACGAAUAAUCGAUUAAAGUGUGAAAUGUCAACGGAUGAUAUAGACACGUUGAAAAUUUCUAUGAGAUCAUCUCCUCUUCGACAAAACACAGUAGGAUAUAUAAGUCGGGCUUUAUGGGGUGAUAUGUCGGAUAUUAUCGAACGUAAUAAUGAUAUUAUGGAUUUAGCGGAUUAUAGUCCGGAUGGUGAAAUCCCAUUUGCAGUUGGCUUGUUACCUUUACGUACUGCAUUGGAAAAGAUGCAAGCAAUGACAGAUUAUCAACCACGUAAAACACGUUCGUCUGUUGCACCAAUGAAACAAGAAAUAAAUCAUCUUAAACGAAAAAAUUCUUCUUUGGAUUCUACCGUCUUAGCUAAAAAGCAAAAUAUAGGAAGUAUCGUUCAAGAUAAUAAAACUAAUACAGUUUGCCAUAUUCAAAUAAGAGCAGCACCUUCACAUUAUAUUAAAAAUCGUAAGAAAUUUCUUACCGAACAUGUUACUACUUUGGGAUCAGCAACUAUUGUAAAUAGACAAUGACAAACAUUAAUCUCGAUUUUUAGUCAAAUGUAAAAAGUCAAUCUUUUUUAUACCAUGUAUAAACAUAAUCAUUAUGAGACGAUCCACAAAA